AUGGGCGUAUUGCUUCCACCCGAUCUUUUGCAAUUGAUCUCACAGCAAUUGCCCUGUCGGGACUCGCAGAUCUUACAACUUGCCACCUAUUUCAAUGGCGUAUUCCCUAGUCCCGCGGUCUUGGUCGCCCACGGCCUCGAGCAUACCAGUAAAAAGGAUGUGAUAGUCGGAGUUUUGGAAAGGAGAGGGAUCGACUAUGCUGUCCUUCGGAGCCGGGAAUGUCUUUCGCAGCGACAUCUGGUGUCCAAGGUCUUUGCCGCCGCUCUACAAGCCCUCGGGCUGGAAACACGGGUGGAGCAAUACGGCAGGGUGGACAGUAUCAAUGCUCUCCUGGAAAACCUACGGAAGCUAUCUGAACACGCCGCCGGAAGGAGAUUCGUGGUUGUACUGGAAGACACCGAUAAGCUGAAGCAGGCGGGUGCCACGCUGCUCCCGGCUCUGGCACGGUUGGGAGAUUAUAUUCCUGGAUUCUCCAUCAUAAUGACAUCUGGUUCUCCCCAACCACUGAUACUGCACAGAACCGGUGUGCCACACAUUCACUUUCCUUCCUACACACGCCGAGAGGCAGUCUACAUCAUUACGGCCGAGGGCCCGCCUCCGCUGUCAUCGUGUCCACCCGAGACCACGAUCGCAGUUGAUGAGAAGGCCAUCUCUAAGCUUUAUGCCCAAUUUGCCUUGACCGUCUACGAUUCGCUCAUCGCCGCCACUUCUUCCACCUCGAUUCCAAGAUAUCGGUCAACCUGCCACAAACUCUGGCCGAGGUUCAUCUGGCCGCUGGUCUCGGGACAAGAACCCCCCGGCACUGGCACUGGUCGAGGGCAGACCUGGGAUUUUGCGAAGCUGAUUGUUCAAAACCGAGCGUUGUUCCAGUUGGAGGGGGAACGGGCGCUGCAUCGUACACUUUCCACGUCUACUCAGAAACGAGCUUUGGCAGAGACGGAUUCUCUAGGAACGGUGUCGCGCUCCCAGUCAAUCGGCGAGAGAGGCGCACCCGACGCGCCGAGUACGCCGUCCAACGGGGUCCUCUCCGCUUCAGGGCCGCCUCGCGACGCUCGUUCGCCAUCUCUACUGUCCAGAACUGCGUCAACCAACCCACCCCUGCUCAAGCACUUCUCCACGCUAAUCCUCGUAUCCUCCUACCUAGCAAGCCACACUCUUCCCAAGCACGACAUUCUUCUGUUCUCUCGCCUAAGUUCCAGUUCUGCAACCAUGAGCCGAAAGAUUCGAAGACUCAGGCAAAUGCCAACGAAAAGAAAGUCGACUUCCACUCCUACAGCCUCGCCGUCCAAGAAUAACUCUGAGUCGAAACCACGCCCCAAGACCCGUGCGAAAUCGUUAUUUGCCGCCAACGCGGGUCUGGGGGUCGCACGGCCUUUCACACUUGAGCGCCUUGUCGCCAUUCUCCGUGCCGUUCACCCACACGGCAUUCCAAACCGCCCAGGACAUGGGGUUAGUGACCGGGUGUAUCGUGAGCUGGGCGAACUAGAAAAACUCAGGCUUGUGGUUCGCGCGUCUGGGCCCAGUUUCAGCGGAGGGUCGGCCACGUUGGGUAGUUCUAGUACAUCGGCUGGAGGGGGUGACGAUGGGAGCGAGGAAAGGUGGCGGGUCAAUGUCAGCAGGGACUGGGUGGUCGACAUGGGCAAAGUGUGGGGCAUGGGGAUCAGCGAAUAUGAGAUCGACCAGGAGUCGUGA